UGCCGGUUGAAGCGAGUCGCUGCGAUCUCUUCCUGGCGGAUAAAAGUAUAGCUGAGAUAGCUGUAUUCAUAAAGUAAAAAAAAUGGGAACGCGAGAUGACGAAUACGAUUACCUUUUCAAAGUGGUGCUGAUUGGAGACUCGGGGGUCGGGAAGAGCAACCUGCUCUCCCGCUUCACGCGGAACGAGUUCAACCUGGAGAGUAAGAGCACCAUCGGCGUGGAGUUCGCCACCCGCAGCAUCCAGGUGGACGGAAAGACCAUCAAGGCUCAGAUCUGGGACACAGCCGGGCAGGAGCGCUACCGGGCCAUCACCUCAGCGUACUACCGGGGGGCGGUGGGGGCGCUGCUGGUGUACGACAUCGCCAAGCACCUGACCUACGAGAACGUGGAGCGCUGGCUGAAGGAGCUGCGGGAUCACGCCGACAACAACAUCGUCAUCAUGCUGGUGGGCAACAAGAGCGACCUGCGCCACCUGAGGGCCGUGCCCACCGACGAGGCGCGCGCUUUCGCAGAGAAGAACAAUCUGUCGUUCAUUGAAACUUCUGCCUUGGACUCCACCAACGUAGAGGAGGCUUUCAAAAACAUCCUCACAGAGAUCUACCGCAUCGUAUCUCAGAAGCAGAUCGCUGACCGGUCGGCGCAUGACGAGUCUCCGGGCAACAACGUGGUGGACAUCAGCGUGCCCCCCACCACCGACGGGCAGAGAGCCAACAAACUGCAGUGCUGUCAAAACCUGUGACCCCUGACCUUUGACCCCAACUGGAAGCCCCCCCCCCUCCCCUGAUUUGCUCUUGAAUGUUGUGUGCUCUCCCCUCCCUCCCCCACUUGUUUUCUGUGGACGUUUCUCCUUGUUUUUGAUGCUGUUACUUUAUAGCUAACAUUCCUCUCUGUCAGUUAAUGUUUUUUUUUUUGUUUGUAUGUCACUGUUCUUCACGGUUUUUAGUUUUUGUUGUUUUUUCCCUUGACCUCAGAAUUUUCCUCUUUUACGUGAGAACAGACACUGGGCACUGGUCAUGUGACCCACUCCCAUGGAGGGGAGGAGCCGGCCGCCCGAUUACAGUCCUCAGGAUAGAGCCGGAAGUUGAACAAGCCAGGGUUGCCAGGGUCCAAGCGCCGUAUGAAUUUAGCUGACUUGGAUAAGUGCCUGUCUGAAAAUGCAUCAUCUUCUAGGCCACAGAGACAGUGAAGGAGGGCUAAUAAACUGAUAAGCAAUCUUUAAUCUUAUCAGAACCCUAAUAUUUCAGUGCAGCACAUGUGUCAAGAUGGGCCCUUUCUAAAUUUAAUUAUGUGCUGUUAUCAUAUUCAUGAAUAAAGUAAAUUCUUAAUCGUAAAAUGCCUGGAAUUUAAAACGAAAAUAUAUAUACAUAGUUGUAGCUUGCUGAUCAUAGGUAAUUAAAAAAAUGGCAAACGGAGAAAAUGAAUGGCCUGAUAUAGGGCAUGUUGCUUUUCUCGUUGAAACCAUGCGAACUCUCCUCUGAUUGGUUUAGAUGCCUCAUGUGACAAACAUAGGCCAAUGACAAACCGUCGUGCAUUUCGCGCAGAGAGAAAAGUAGCCGUAUCUUUCUGCUGGCAAAUCAACCCGUGUAAACACCUGAUUUCCUGUAAAUCGGGUGUGAGAACAGAUUGUGCUUUCAGUAAAACUGAUUUAAGAUGCCUUAUGUUUGCCCUCAGUUAGAUAGAAAUGCCUUGACACAGUUUUUGGUGUGUGGUUACACACUGGUAUUUUCCUGACUCAUGUCUGGACAUUUAGCCAUUUCCCCAGCUGUAGGCACCAACAUGGCAUGGCUUCUUCAGUACCUUGUGCCAUCUGUGCCCGAGCACACACGGUUUCCAUGCUUGGCUGUAACGUGGCGAAAAAACCUGCUAUGCAGAAAUGGGCCUGGAAGACUUAUGACAAUGGUUAGGGCACGAAAUCCAUAAUUGAAAGAAAGGGAAAAAAAAAACUUUGUCAGCGUGAAAUGCUGCAGGCAGUUUAGCUUAACACCAGAGAAGAUUUUUUUUUUUUUUUGCCUGUAAUUUUAUAUCAAGAAUGUUGCCCCUGCUGAAUGCCUUCAUGAACUUCCCAUGUGGAUCACCAUAAGUCAGUCGAAAGUGUAACCUGCCUUUUUGCUGCGGUAGGAGGAAGUAUGGAACUUCUGCUCAUCCUAAUUACCUUUUCCCCUCUAUGGUCAAAGAAGUUGUCAGCUCCAAAUCUGAAAUUUGAUAUUUUGUUUAAUGUAUAUUCCACCUGCCUAUCUGUAACCUUACAGGAGGAAAUGCAUGCCACCCCAUGUGAACUCCCAGGAGACAGAGAUCUUAUUUGGGUCUUCUGAACAGAUCUCUUAUCAAUGGAUAUAAGCGUUUUAUGCUUAUUGUCCAUCAGAUUACAGAUUUUGACUGGUCUCCUUCCUAAGCAGGUGGCAUUCUCUAAUCACCCGUAUAUACAAGGUAUAACAGUUACAGAUACUAACACACACCUUGGUCUCCAGUUUUUAGUAGCUGAUGUUUACAGUCAAAUGUGCGUUAGAUUACUCCACGCAUGUUGCGAAUUUCCUGCAAAUAGUGGCAUCAAAAUAAGUCAGCUCAAUCACAGUGACCAGCACAUAAUUGGCUAAUCAGUUUAUUUAUUAGGAUUAACUAGCUGGCUUUUAUAUGCAUCUUAAAAAUGGUCUCUUUCCAUUUCAUAUAACCUCCAGUUACAUACCUAUGUAUUGAUUCUCUAUGACAUCAGAAUCAGAGAGGGCUGCUUAAAAGAUUCUGUAAACACAUUAUAAAGUAACGAAUGAUAAUUUAAGUACUGAAUUUAACCAGAAUUUUUUUAUUUGCAGCUGCUUUGCUGGUGUAAAGGGUGGGCAGGAGAAAAUCAGUGGAAACAAACCACUAUGAGGAAAUAAAAUGAUAAUGAAAUUAUUAUGUCAGCAGAAACUGAUAUUUUGACACAAAUCAUUGUUUUUUGUUUUGUGAGGUUGUCAUCUGGGAAUAAAAUUCCAUGCACUGCAACAAUUGCAUGUAAGAGUUAAGGUUCACUACUGCAAGUUUCAUGACUUCUGAACAGUGAAUUGUGGGCUGGAAUAUUGGUACUGUACCUCAUUCUUUUAUGCAUGGUUUAUACUCGCAUUGUAAAAUAUAAUCAUAAGCACACUAGAACUCUUUCAUUUAGAAGCAGUCUCUGUCAUAUUAAUACAAUGUAUAACCUUUCAUGGGGGAGAUGCAGUAGUUUCAUUCCAUCUCUGAACAAUUCAAGGUCUGAGCUUUGUAAUAGUGAUGGCCUUUGGCUCUAGAAUUGUUCCACAACCAUGAUCAUGAACUUAACAUCUGGUCACAAUUCAAAGCUGACAGCAGUCUUGAUACGUAGUGUUAGAAUGCUGAGAAUGUAUUGCGUCUCAUAGAGAAGAUCACCUUGUGUGCAAGUCAACAACUCAUAGGUCACAAACGUAAAGAAAAUCAUUUUACUUGAGAAAUGAUGGGCAAAGAGGCCAGGGUCUGUUUCUCUUCCCACACAAUGUACCCUUUUCGGUGACUGGUGCAGAUGUGUCGCAUGGGGCAUAUUGAGCAGUCAAAGCUGAGUGUGCAUUGUGCGUGUGGGGGAAAAAUGGGACAACUGGAGCAUCAUCCACAAUGGGGUUCAUGAUGCUUUGUUUUCCCAUCACCACUGAGAAUCCAAGCGUAGAUUCAAAGGCUAAUGCGAUACGUUUAUGAACACGACAGUUGUUUUUAUUUGUAUCUCUUAACAAUUUUUGAAAUGGCAGAUAUUUUUUUUCCUGUAGUAACAGUAUACCUGGCUUUCUGGACAAAAUUAGACAUUGACCCAAUGCAUUGAAGUUUGAGUUUAUUUCAUACCGCUAGCCUAUUUCUGAGCCUGGUUUUUAGGGUUUACUGAGAUUUGAAAUUCACACUGGAAAAUGAGCUCUCUCUAUUUUGUAAAGUGUGUUUUCUCAUCUGCCUCCCUCCCUCAGUGAUUUGUUUCUGUACUUUGUGCAAUCCACAGUGUAAAUAUAAUCGCGCAUCACUCGAUUUGUGCAUGGUUAAUAUGUAUGUUGGAUAAAUUUGUUGCCAGACUGAGGUGAAUGAACUGUGUCUGCGUGUUUAUUCACAACUGGUUGAGCACGCUGAUGUCAGCAAAAUUUAGACAGGUUUGCACUAUGAAUACAAUGCCCAGCGCUAUGCUGUCUGACAGACAGAUAUGAAUGGCAAUAUGGUUGCAAUGUUA